UCGGUCAAAGUCUAUGAUUGGGUUGUAAGAGGUAGUGUUGCAUUAAGUUGGAUGAAAGAUGGAAUUUCCCCAAUUUGCAUCUCCAUGCUUCCUCACUACAUUCAAUACCUUCAAAACUCCCGCCAUUAAUGGAGUUAUUCACAAUCACAAUUCCUCGAAUCCCCCAUAAAAUUUCCCCAAUUCACAGAACCCUAACUAAAAUCCACGCCUCAUCCUCAUCCAAAUACCCUAAUUCACAGUUACCACUUCCAUCAAAAUCCCUAAUCACUACAAGAGGGCAAAAUGAAAAUAACAUUCCGACGAUGGCAGAGAUUGUGGCCGCGGGGGAGUCUCAGAAUCUGAGCCUCCGUCUGCAAACACUGGGGCCGUUUUUCCGAAUAACAGCGAAAAGCUUGGAAACGGAGCGAGAGAUCGGGAAGGCGGAAGGUUUGGUGAGAGUGUGGUUGGGAGGGAAGAUUCUUCAUCUUGAUUCGAUUCGAUUGAACAGAGAAAGCUUGGGAAUGGAGAAAUCCAUCUUUGGACUUGGAUUGUUCAUCGGCGCUGUUGCGAUUCGGUAUGGGUAUGAUUGUGGUUGCAAAACGGCGGAGUUAUUGGCCAUUAAUGACUCCGAUCUUUACCAUUCCAAGAUUGGACACAUCUUGGCAGCUGGUUAGAUUCUACACAAGGAUUGGGUUCAAGAGUAUGUAUGAAGUGAGUGGUUCAAAGUUAAAAGACAUUGGAGACAUGGUGGUGUGGGGAGGGAUUGGGACUAGAAUGGAUGCUCCCAUUGAGUCUCUUCUACUUAAAUGGUGCACAAGGUUUAAAUCUCCAUCAUCUCACCCACAAAACUAAUCCUCACUUGUUCUCUUUUUUUCUUUUGUUUGGAAGUAAUAUUUUUAGCUGGCAAACACCAACUAUUGAUUUGCAAAUUUUGUUUAUUUGUAAGUAAGAUAUAUGAUUGGUAUGCAUAGUUCACACUUAUGUUAGAAA